AUGCAGAAGAUUGUGUGGGGCUCACUGGGUGGUGCGGUGGCCGCAGAGUGGGGCUGCCGCUUCUGCUCUUGCAGCGGGGAAUAUGCUGCCACACUCUUUUUUUUGUUGGCUGCAUUGGGGGCAAAUGUGCCGGCGUCUGACAAGCUGCGGGUUCCACCGCCACGACGACUGAAGGAAACGGAGACGUCUGCAGCUGCCUUCGCAGGCUGCACCCCGUGCGGCCCAGUCAUGUGGCAAACAGUUCCCUCACGGAAUUCACGUGCACCGCACCACGUGCUGGGCGCAGCGUAUAUUUGUGUCGUGGGGGACAAUGCGGCGGCGUCCCUCCUUCUUCUCGCGAGUGAACGAAGAGGCGGCGGGUGUUCUGCUCCUUCGCACCUCAGCGAAUUACAGCGCAAAAUGCCACCGCGACGAGGCAGUCAAUUUCACUGUGAGUGGGUGAUAUUUGCGUGUGACUACACACACACAGAGCUGUGGGGAUCCGAAUGUCAAGUGAAAUACGAGAAGAGGAGAGAAGCGUCGUCGCAGUUGUUGUGUGUGCCGUGCAGUUUGCAUGGUUUGCCUAGGGAGAUCUAA